AUGGCAACCAUUUUGGUGGCUCAAGCUGCAACCGACCUUGACCUUACCAGCCUGAACGCUAGCACAACCUGUAAUGAUACCUGCAAAGAUCUCGUCCUUCGCGUUUCCUCCUGGGAAAAGUCACAAAGUGCUUCGAAUUUCUCGUUUUAUGAGGUUCCCACCAACUUUUCCGAGACCAUGGAGCCAGGCAUCGUCUUGUCCCUCGAGCGAACUACGAAUCUGACGAACUACACCGUACCAACACCCCUGACAAUGUCCCGAAUGAUGUACACGACUGAAGACCUCAACGGUACCAUCAUUCCUGCAUCGGCGUACAUCCUGUGGCCCUCAAGUCCGCUAGAAGUUCCGGAUCCUGAUUCAUCAAGCUCAACCCACUUGCCUCUGGUCGCAUGGGCACACGGCACCUCAGGAGGUCUGGCGCCAUGCGCACCGAGCAACUACCGAAACCUGCAGUAUCACUUUCAAGUUCCAUACCUGCUCGCUCUCCAGGGUUACGUCGUGGUAGCGCCGGACUACGCCGGUCUAGGCGUUGCAAAGCUUCCCAACGGCGACAACAUCGGCCAUCCUUGGGCUGCGGCACCCGCCCAUGCUAAUGACGUUGCGAACGCCAUCAUUGCCGCACGCAACGCUUUCCCUGAGUAUCUCAGACCCGUUGGGCCGUUUGCCGCCAUGGGUCACUCCCAGGGCGCGGCCGCCGUAUGGUCGUUCACGGAAAGACUGGUCGACAAGCCAAUCCCAGGAUACAAAGGCGCCGUUGCCUUCGCCCCGCCAACAGAUAUCGUCAACCAGACCAGGAAGGCCAUAGAAGAUCAUGAGGCAAACAAGACCCAGUUAUGGACCAACACCUUCUUGAGCCUUCAGCCGUCCUUGGCCAAAGGAAUAACGGCGGCGUAUCCGGCAUUCAACUUGUCCGGAUUGACCGAUGCCGGACGCGACAGAUGGGUUAACGUCCAAGAGGCUGUGCAAGGCUGUCUACCCACGAAAGGAGUCUCGGGCCUCGGCAUCCCAUUAGGUCAGCUAGUCUAUCACAACUGGACAGAGCAACCGGCUGUGUUGGACUUCGAGAAGAGGACCGCUGUUGGAAGAAACCCUUUCAAAGGUCCUUUGCUGAUUGCAGCCGGGGACAAGGACUCAGUAGUUGACUUCAAAAACAUGAAGGUCAACGUGAGGGACACAUGCGGAAUGCUGCAAGGUGCCGGUGUCCAAGAGAGUCUGGAGUUCUUGGAGUACACUGGGCAAAAUCAUUUUCCCGUCAUCCAAGCGAGUCAAGGUAAGUGGCUCGGCUGGAUCAGAGAUCGCAUUUUCUCUACUGCGAACGUUAGCUACGGAUGCAAGUUUGGGACUGUGCGAGGGUUUCAACGCGAAGAGGCUAUCAACUCCGUUUUCCCGAACUUUUUGGUCGAAGUGGCAGGCCCUGGUGAAGGCUGGAAGUACAGUCUUUGA